GACCGCUCUUCAUGACAAUCAGUACAGGAAGCGGUGUAACGACUGCAUAUGCAUGCAAGCUGCGCAACCCAUCACACGAGGCCUGGCUUGCAUGAAACUGUUAUCGUUUGAAGUCUUCAACAUUUUCGACGAGCGGAAAUUGAGAUCAUAUGAAUCUCUAUUGGCAAUCGCAGGCUUCUUAAGAGGCAAGAGCACGGGAGGAUCUAUUUGUCUGCCAUGGUAUCUUCAAGCUUGCUGAGAAACUCUAGGUUUGCCUGAGGACUAUACUGACGACUGGAAUCCUGAAGGAUUGACUGUUUAACGGAAGCUCACGGGUAGCCUCGCCCCGCAAACUGAGCGCCUGUCGCCUUUUAUGGAAACUUACCAUCGUCCAAUGAGUGCCCCGGAUCGAAAUCCCAGCUCAUAUGCUGGCGAACUCGAAGCUUGGCCUUCCAGCCAGAACCAAACUGAGAUAGCGGGGUUAGAGACUGCACAGUCCUGCAGCAUCACCACUUAUUUAAGUUUUAUCACAGCAGGCAAUAGGUUGCUCUGAUAAACUGUCCUUGGAUACUACCAUUA